AUGUCCAUUCAUGCCCAGGCCGUGUCCUCGCCUUCAGCUUUGCCGGAGACGGUGCGCUACUACAUCGAGAGGAACCCGGGGAACAUACUGGUCCCACUUAUACCCGUUGACCAGCUACUGUACCAACCCCAAGGAGUCCCCACUCAACUCAGUAUCCAACAGAUCUCCGAAGAAAAGUGGCAGCGUGUUACUGGAGCAACAGAAGCUGCGGUCGUGCUUCCGGGUUUGCCCCGUUCUCCUGUGACUCCAACGUACCGAGCACCGGACUACAAUGUAAUAGUAGAUGCAGCUGUCAAAGUGGUAGAGCAGGAUAGCGGACCCGAGCCUUGUGCUGCUUCCAUCCGUCUAACCCCUAGCGUCGAGCAGCACGAGUCCAAGCACCAACCGCGCUACAUUGAGAAAGAGAAAGACAAGCAUGUCGAUUCAGUUCCCUUAUCUAAGAGCAUCCAUCAGCCUCCAAUUGUUCAACGAAAGCUUGCUAUGGCGACUGCCAACCUUGACGUCAAACAAGGAUCUUCGACUGGACCCGUGAAAGCGCAAGGGGCUACCGAGAGACAGCCUCCGAUAAGGACCCAUGUCAACGAUUACAAAAUAGCUCUACGAAGUGCUCCACUGCCUGAUAUGGGAAGGGAUGUGGUCAUGAGAGAUGCAGGCAACGACAUCGCUCGCGAUUCCCACAUCGAGACCCCUCGCACGUUGUGCUCAAGGAUCGAGAAGGAUCAGCUCACGACAAAUAUCAGCAACGAUAAUAAAACCAAGCUUCUCGAUCUACGCACAACCUCCACACGCUCACAUUGCCAACCUAAAAUCUUCUGCACUCAUUGGAUUUCCACUGGUGAGUGCUCUUGGGGUUUUCGAUGCAGGUACAAGCAUGAAAUGCCUUCUCUUGACGUUCUGAAGAAAGAAACUGGCUUCCAUGCAGUGCCGCGAUGGUACAAAGAGAAGAUGGCAAUCCAAGGCCGGGGUCCAACCUGGAUAGAGAGGCGAAUGGAGGCACAAAAGGAGGGCGCCAGCCACGGCGAUGGCAUGGAGGCGCCUAGCCCACGUGAUUUUCCGGACCCGUCCCUCUUGAAGCGUCUGCAACGAGAGAGCGGCAGCGUUGCGAAGCAGGAUGUGCACCCUCAGAGAGUCGUCCAGGAGCGCUCCCCGGAUUUACUGUUGAUCGACGUCGAUCCGCCUACCAUACCUGUUAACCCCAUCAAUUCCGCCCAGCCGGCUUCGGACGUGGCUCAAGUCCUUCCCCCAAUCGCCACACCUUCUGAAAACAAGAAACGCGCCUCGACUACCCUUCGUCGUCAUUCACAGAUCUCUUGGUCAUCUAACACUACCGACAGCGCCCUGCCUGUAAAGCAACCUUCUAAGCCAAAGUCUCCCUCUAAGAAGGCUAAACUAGGGCCAGCUCCGAAGCCUAAAAGGGGCCUCUCCGCAUCCAAAUAUGCACCUACCGAACAUAAGAUCUUGGUCGUCAAGGCUCGUCGCGCUCCUGUUGGGGCUCAGAUUUCUCGCCAGAAUGAGAGCUCCACCAGUGAGGAUGAUAUUACGAUGGCGCACAGAGGGCAUGGCACGAUGGAGCUGUCUCUCCUUUAA